CACCGAUCCUAAACGCACUUUUGCUUUUGCUUCGCAUCGACCAAAGCAACUCCAGCGACCAACAUGCAGCUCUUCCGCCUCGUUGCACUCCUCCCGCUCCUCUUCCUUCUCGAAGACGCGAGCGCGUACCGCAAGACCAAGGCGCCGCCGUCGGGCAACGGCGAAGAGACCAAGUCGAUCAAGACGCUGUACGAAGAAGCGCUCAAGGAAGGCGGUAACCUCGUCGUGUACCAUGGCGGUGACCAUGCGCAGCAGCAAGACUACGUCGCCGACGCCUUCCGCGCCGCGUUCCCCAAGAUGAACCUCACCAUGGUCGUCGACUACAGCAAGUACCACAACGCGCGCAUCGACAACCAGCUCGAGACCAACUCUCUUGUCGCGGACGUCGUUGCGCUCCAGACGCUCAACGACUACCCGCGCUGGAAGAAGCAGGGCAAGCUGCUGCCGUACAAGCCCAACGGCUUUGGCAAUGUCUACAAGGGCUUUACGGACCCCGACGGCAACUGGCUCUCGCACGCGGUCUUUACGUUUAGUUACUUUUACGACGAGGCGUUGCUGCAGAAGAAGGGACUCUCGCCCCCCGCGACGGCCAAGGACCUCGCCGACCCCAAGUACGCCGGUCUCAUCGCGUCCGCAUACCCGCACGACGACGACGCGACCUUGUUCAUCUACGACCGCUACGUCAAGGCGUACGGCUGGGACUGGGUCAAGAAGCUCGCCGCGCAGCAGAUCGAGUUCAAGCGCGGCUCGCACACGCCCGACCUCGCGGUGACGGCGCAGCGCAAGGCGAUCGGCGUCGCGGGCUCGGCGCCAGCGACCAACUCGAGCUCGAUCAAGGAGAUCACGGGCGCCAACGCGUCGUCCGACUACCUCGCGUGGGGCCAGCGCAUUGCGAUUCUGAAGAAGGCGCCGCACAUGGCCGCGGCCAAGCUCUUUGUCAACUGGAUCGUCUCGAAGGAGGUGCAGUCGAGCCUCAUGGCCGGCUUCUCGUCGCGCACGGACGUGCCGCCGGCCAGCGGCGUGCAGCCCUGGGACAUCAAGCGCGCCAACUCGGUUGCGUUCCAGACGUGGAUGGAAGACCGCGCCAAGAUUGAGGAGCUCAAGGCCACGUUUGCCUUGUACUUUGGCGAAGUCACGGGCGAGCCGUCGCCGGGCCAGCUCGGUCUGCACCCAGGCAAGUAAGUCGUUGAUCGAUGUGUCGCCCGAUAACAUGAC